GUAAAGCUCCCAGGUUCAUGAACUUCGCUCUGUGUGUUUAUGAGCUGUGGAGAAUUUGUUCCUUUGAGUUUUUUUAUGUUUGAUGAACUUGUGAAAUGGCGAAUGAGAAGAUGGUGCAGUUUAAUCUGACUUUAUGGAGAAUCUGUAACUUUAUAAUGUCGGGGUUUUUCUCUUUAGCUGCUUAUGUGCAGAUAAACGACCCAGACGCCGGCCUGUGGAUGGUCAGCUACGCUAUUCCUGCAGGCCUCUGCUUUUUAAUCAGCUAUCGGCCACAAAUAACAGAGACACUGGCAUGGAGGAGAGUCGCUGAUCUGCAUGUGAUGAUGGCGACGGCGUUCGGUGCUCUGCUGGGCUGGAGUCUGUAUAAACACGGGGUCACACACAUCUUCCACCAGGAGGAGGGCAGAGAGUUUAGUGGCCUGAUGCUGAUGGUGAUAUGGCUGCUCAUGUGUCGACACUCGGGACGCGGUGCUGUUGGAGCUCUGAGACUGUGCACAGCCGUGGCCAUCACCGCCUUCCCCAUCAUCACCUGGAUCUAUUACUACAUCCACAAAGAGCUGAGAGCCGACUGGCCGUCACACUGCACCUCCACGCUGUAACACAACCGCACUGAUUCCCACACUGUUCAGCACCAAACCCUGAGCACACACUGACACACUGUUUACUGAGCGGCCAGCUUCCCCCGUCACGCGUCCGCAGUGAAGCUGGGAAGGAAAUGAUGGUGUAUGCUGAAGGAAAUGAAGAUUAUAUAUUUUGUUAAACAAGCAAAUAAAACAAAACCCCUUUUCUAUCUUUA